AUGGAGCCCUCCGGCUCGAAUGGGGCUGACAUCUUCACGAUAUAUGGGAGAUACUGCGGUAAGAGAUCCGGGCGGUCCUCUCUUUUGAGUCUUAUCCUCUUUUAUCUUCAAAUAUUUUACCAUUAUUAUCCGUCUUCGGCGAAAUUUUCGUCCACUAUUGUGAAUUUCUCCUCGGUUCGUGUUGGACCGUUCGUUUUGGUUUGCUCUAUCGAUUUUUCUCCGCUACACUCUGUUCAAUCGGUUUUUAAUUUUUAAUUUUCUCCAAGUUUUUUUGCGGAGCUGCUACCCAUUUAAUGAACACGGUUGCAUUUUGGAUCGCAGAUGUCAUGUCGCGAAAUGACCAUCGUACUUCAAAGGAAGCUCUAUCCUUUCUGGCGCAGUUUCUGGAGUCAGGAGCCCGUUUCGGGUAUGGUAUACUUGAUGGAUUUUAUCUGUUCUAAGCACCGGAACCUGAAUCUAAUGAUUCUGUCCAUGAUUACUUUUACCGGUUGCUUGAUAGGAUCUUUUCCAUUAUCCCCACUUUUCUUUCGACACAACCAGAAAAAUAAUCCCGAAAUAGGGUCGUUCUCUGAGCACUAGUAGCAAUAAACGAAGAGCCCUCCAUGCCGAUUCAACUGGGAUCGUUAGAACAUGCUGCGGUUUCCAUUUGGAACUUCGGAAUGAAGGCCUAUUUCAAGAUAUUUAUUGCUGCGGCGCUGUGACUCAUGUUCCUCUCAUUCUCUCUGUGUUCAUCGCAAACGUCUUAACGGCUUAAAAUCUGGAUUGAGUUUUUUCUCUGAUGGUGAUACCGCACAUACAAUUUUAUAAACUGCUUUUGCCUUAAAUUAAGAUGCAUUGGAAAAAAAAUUCUUGCUUUUUCGAUAAUUUCAGCUCUAAAUGAUGCAAGUUGUGGGAUCAUUCGGGUGGGUAAUGCUCAUCAGAUAAUGACUUGCUCAUCUUGCACUAGAUUGUGUGCUUGUACGCUUUGUUUUCUCACUUUAUUACGAAGUCCUUGAAAAUCUUUCUAUGUUGGCAGUGAUAAGCUUUUUGAGGAUCUGCUGAAUCUCAUGUCACAUCUCAACUUGUCUGUAAGUGGCUGUUCUUUGGGGUCAGCGGGUGCACAACAGUUUACGUUCGGUUCUCUUCAGUCACAUGAAGUAACAUACUUAUUUGCUCCUAUGACCUGACAUAAUUUUCCUUUUGUUCAACAUUUUUCUAGGUGGACUCGCAUCAGUUUACGUGCUUCUAUGACUUUGUGUUCUUCCUCUGUCGCGAAAAUGGGCAGAAAAGCAUCAGUACGACCUUUCCAGGCUCCUUAUGCCAGCGUGCCAUAAUUCUAUGCUCAUUUAUUUUGGUUUCGUUUGUUUCAGUUGUCUUAAUAUAAUUUAUUUUUUUUGAAUAAAUGUUCAGCCGUAAACAGGGCAAUAAUUGCAUGGAGAUUGGUUCUGACAGGAAGAUUUCGAUUGAUAAAUCAUUGGUGUGAUUUUGUCGAGGUACUGAUAUUCCAAUUCUGAUAUAUUUUCAUAAAAGAUAUCAAUUCUGUUCUAGACAUUAUCAUUCUGUUCAGUCGCAUUUUCUCCAACUGGCUUGUUGCUUAUUUAUUUAUUUAUUAAACUUGUAGUGAUGUUGGACCUCAUAUUUCAAUAUCUAUGGGUGACUUCCUCAUGCCUGUGCGUUGGUCCACCACAUGGACCAUUAUUUCUCUGAAGCUUGUACUCAUGGAAAUAUUUUCCUUCAUCUCACGAAUAGGCUUUAAUUUUGCUUCUCAUUCUCUUUCAACCAUUUCUGGAAUUAUUUAGCAUACCAGGUCCUGCGAGUUGCCUUUGAGUUAUCAACAUCUUAGUCCGUUGACUUUUCUCACUUUCUCUAUAAUUUCCACGCACGAAAUUUAUGACCUUCGACAUCUUGCUGACUAGAUGACUUAACUGCGCUGGAGGCGAAGAAAAAGAUUCUCUUCAGACGGCAUAACCCUCGUUUCUAUCAUAAAUUUGUGAUUAUUCGUGUGAACUAUGACAUGAACUGUAGUGAUUUAUAUUCCCACCGGAAGACUACAUCGUUCAUCUGACUGUUUCAGAGUAUCCUGUCUCGGAUGCAUUUUAUGCUGUUAGAUGCUAUUUUUUAACUGUCCGAAUUUUACUCCCCAUGCUUCUUUAUAUUCAUUUUUUUUUCUUUGAUUGAUACCCCACUUUGAUCAUCUGUUUAUCACGAUUUUCCUAAGAGAUUUUUUUUUUCCAACUGCACGCAGAAACACCAACGUCAUAAUAUAUCGCUGGACACUUGGCAGCAACUGCUGGGCUUUAGCAGAUGCGUAAAUGAAGAUCUCGAAGGAUACGAUCCGAAAGGUACUCUGUCUUUCUUGUGCUGUGGGUAUUAUGAUCCACCACUGGGCCAUAAAUCUCUCACACUCCAGUUGAGAUUUCUCAGAGUCCUAGAAGAGGGUUCAAAUUUUGUAUAGAUCCACACUGUGCACUUAUUUCCACUUUUAUGAUGCCCAUAGAAUCUAAUUGAAAACUUCUUGGGCAUUCCAUGUAAGAUAAAUGAAAAAUUACCGAUUGGAAAUUUCAACACAAAUCCGAACAGCUUUUCUUCAGCUUUUAAACCUUUUCUAUAUACCGCUUUCCAUCACCUUUGGAAUUUCAUUUUCCGGUGCUUGCCUUCAUAUUGAGCGUUUUUUUUUUUUUUUUUCCGAAAAUAAAUCUCAAUCCGAGUGAUCAUAAAGAAAAACGUCAGAUGAUUUGUUUCAUAUGUUCCUGUAAAUCAUGGUUGUCUGAACAGGCAUCGCAUUGUUGACCAUCAUGUAAUUUUGAAAUUGUACUUUCCAACAAAGCUGGUAAUUUUGAUCAUCGUUACAUGGGUGAUCUGACUCCAAAAAAACCAUAUGCAAGAUGGAGGGUGGGGAUAUGAUUCCGGGGGAAUAGUACCACCCAAAUUGAGGACGAUGACGUUUUGAUUUUUUGAUGUUCAUACACGUUGGUUGUUCUCUCGAGUCAAUUUCAAAAAUGUAUCCCUUUUAAUGGGAAUGGGCAGGUUGCAUACUUGCGAUGAUGACAUUGGGACUUUUUGUCAUGUUCUAAGCUUCAGCUAGCUUCUUUCGCUCAAGUUCUAGAUUAUGUGGGCUAUGUAUGCUCUGAGUGAAUCUGAUAGAUGGGACAACUCCUUUGAUUUCUCGUGCAGGUGCUUGGCCUGUUCUUAUUGACGAUUUUGUGGAGCAUAUGUACAGGUGAUUUAUUGUUUUCUGCUUUUCUUAGACUAUGCUCUCGAUGCAGCACUGUUUAGAGUAUCCUCUCCAUCCUUUCUGGGUUACCAGCAUGCUUUGGAUUGGUCCCGAGCAUACUUUGCAUUGCUGGCCAGUAUCUCUGACCUAGAAGCAAAACCUCGCUCAUCAGCCACUUUGGUUAAUGGUUCUGUGGAUUAUUAUUAUUAUUAUUAUUAUUAUUAUUAUUAUUAUUAUUAUUAUUAUUAUUUUCAUUGAGAAUGACUUGCGUGGUCUGAGUCUCAGUUAUAUAGUAGCCUUUGUUGGAAUCCAGUGGACAAAUGUAGUGUUUGACCGGCUUUUUGAUGAUCUUGUGAUAAAAGCUUCUCCGGAAACUUGGCUCUUCUGCGUUGACCAAUUUUCUCUGUAUGCAGCAGCUCUUUGGCUUCGGUCUGAUGAUUUCUUGUUGUUCCUCUCGAUCAGUCAGUCGGACGACUCUGUUUCUAGCUGCUGCGUGUAUUGGGUGGGGACUGACGCCGUCGUCCUUCCUCUCUGGUCUCAAUCACUCUGCAGGAUCAAUAAAGGGGGCAGCUGCUGCGCCAGGGAUCCCGGCUGCCACUGUGGCGCCAUGGAAGAGCAGCUGAACAUCUCCAGCUCCUUCAGUGGUAAGUCCACCCCAUCCGACCCUUCUCUCUCCGACCUGGUUCGGACCCACACGUGGGAACAUCCCCAGAUGGGUUGACUUUUGCCUCAGGGCACGUGCUUCGUCUGGAUUCAUCAUCUCUCGUGUCCUCCCUCAGGGUUGAAGCUGCUUCCUGGAUCGAAGAGGAAGUACGUGGGAGACUUUUUGGAUCAUCGAACUCAUCAGGGAGGGGCCCCCAGCUGGGAGAAGAUAAGCCCGAAGCCGUCGAGUAACCCCAAGCGGACUCGACAGAGCGCCGCCCUCGUCGCUGAACAGCUGGCCUGCGCGGAUUACGGCGGCGCCGACGCGAAUAAAGACGACGCCUUUGGCGGCCUCGCCAACUCGACCUGCGCGGUGGAGGACAACCUCUCUAAAACCUUCGAAGGGCACCUCUCUAUGGGCUGCUGCUUCCAGUUCGGCCCGACGAGCGGAGUCUCCUUCAUAUGA